AUGGAGAAUAGCACUUUCGCUGCGUCGGCAAUUGAUACGUCUGCUGAUUUCUCUUCUGCGCGACUCCGGCGCCGAAGGCAGAAGUUUGCGCGCUCUAGGAAUGGCUGCUUCACCUGCAAACAGCGCAAGGUCAAAUGCGAUGAGCUGAGACCUAUAUGCUCACAUUGCGAGCGCUUGAACAUCGAAUGCAAAUGGUACAGUACCAGGCGAUCUAGCAUCGGAGCUUCCGAUGCGGGAAAUGCGACGCGAACCCCAGAAUCGGGCUUUUCUGCUGGACCGGACAAGUCUGCGUACCUCCCUUCUCAUCCAUCGCAGGAGCCUCAAGGGCUUCACCAGGAGUUUGAUUAUUCAGGCUCCUUUUGGGAGGAAUCAGACGUAUGGCAACAGAUGUUUAUGGAUGUGGAGGGAACUAUCGACUCAGAAAACCAUAUGAUGCAGACCGCCUACAAUAAUCAAACGCAAAAUGACCAUGUCCCACUCACAUCGAGGCCUCGACGAGCCGUACUCGAGGACGAGUGCGAAGGAAGAAGAGCAGAGCCGAGUUCCUUAUCAGCAAAGUCACCCGCAAGCUCAAAUAGGACACAAGAAACAAUACCACAAGACUCGUCAGACAAUCAGGGACUAAUCGAUUACUUCGCCCACUCAGUGACACCGCCGAUCCUUUCUGAGGUAGAAGCACAAAGGAACUGGAUCGCGAUGCGAAAAGUCUUGAUCAAGAUGGCAACAGAGUCUAGAAUGGUUCGGUGGGCGGUUCUGGCUUUCGCAAACGCUAUCCUCUGCCUCCGAAACAACGACUGGAGGACCAGUAAGCAGCAUCAUUAUCAAAAUGCUGCUGCUGAGAUAGCCCAGUUGUUCCCUCCAAAGGUCACCGAGCUAGUAGCUCAACAUAGCCGGCAAAGGGAGAACAUGUUCGCAACGCUGUUCUUCCUCAGCUACAUUGACAUUCUUGAAGCGAGGGUCGAAACUGCCCGGUCACACCUACAGAAAGCUUACGAUUUAUUUCAAAGAGGAAAGUCCGAGCGCUUUGCGCCGAUGGAAAAACAGCUACUUCUAUGGAUCCGUUUGCUCGAUGCACGCACGGUGGCUGCCGGUGGUGAAGGCCUGUUCCUAUCAAAAGAUGAUGAAGAAAUUCUCGUCUUUCAGACUUCGCCUGCUAGUUUUGGCGGAGACGAUGGGGAUUCAGAUAAGGAUGAGCUCGACGACAGCGACGUAGACGACAUUCUGUUCCAAGCGCUGUAUCAACCUGGAAUCAUCUUCUUCCAGAAAGUUCAGAGUUUCAUGGGCCACAUAGCAAAGAUUGAUCCAUGGCACCGAUCUCGAGGCACUGUGGAAGAUGAGACUGAAGUCAUGAGCACUGCCGCGGUGAUUGCUGCUAAUCUACGAGACCUAUAUGAGCAGCGUCCGGUCCUCAUGGAUUGUGCUGUCGCAGGGAAACUGACAACCAAGCACAUCUCUGCAUCCUUGGCAUUGCCUUUAACACGGGCCUUUCGGACCUACUUGUCCAAUUACUAUGCCAGCAAGAUACAUCUCCACAGGGUAGCAUACAAAACUUUUCCACUCACGAAGGAAGCUCGAGAGGCGAUGGAUCAGAUCAGGGGCUUGGGAAAACUCAUUGCUUCGAGUCUCGAAGGGGAGAAUAGUCCACUACCAAUCAAUAUGCUAUGGCCACUACUGCUCCUCGGGACGGAGGAGCAAGAUCUUGGCGAAAGGUUGUGGAUCAAAGACCAGAUUCUUCGAAUGGAGAAGGUUUCCAGUAAUGCCCGAAUUACAGCACAGGUACUCGAAGAAGUACAAGCACGCCAAGAUGCUUCCAAGUCAAGGGUUGAUAUUGGGACGGUGAUGCGCGAGAUCUUCAACAAACGAUUCGCCGUUGUAUAA